AUGUUGCGCAGGUAUGCAACAAUAGCCGCAAAGCCGCCUUCACGGCUGGGUGCGCGCGGAAAGAGCCCCCUGGGCCUCGACCAUUUCAUACAACGACAGAAGGUCUUGUCGCUGUGGCGCGACAUUGUUCGCAGCAUCAACAACAUACCGGACGCCGCCACCAGGGCCGACAUGAGACAGUUCGCCAGGGUGGAAUUUGAACAGCACCGUCACGUCACUGACCUGGACCAUAUACGUUAUCUGCUCUCUACCGGCAAAACCCAGUUCCAAACCAUGAAAGGCACCCUGAUCAACUCCGGGCUUCUUACAGAAUGA